AUGGACACCGUCGUGCGCGGCCGUGGCUCCGAUCGCCUGAAGUACCUCGACUUGGAAGGGCGAUGGGUGUUGAAUGGGCGCAAGUCGAUCCCGUUCAUCUCGCAGGCGUUCCGCCACCUCGAGUCGCUCAACGACGCGACAGUGCCGCUGAAGGACAUCACCGACCAACCCCUGAACGCCAUCGGCAUGGUCGGCUGGAAGCGUUCGACCGUGGAGCCCGUGAAAGCGAAGAAGCUGCCCCGUUUCGAGGCGCCGCCGGUUGUGGUUGCCGAGGAAGUGCCGCCAAGCCCGCGUGAAGCCAUGCCCCAUCGCUCGUAUGGAUACGGCGCAGCCCACGAGAAGCGCCGCCUGUCGGUCUCCUCAGCCCGUUCGCGCUCCGCCAGCCCCCGCCCGGUCAGCCCGUACCCCGAAUACGACAAGUACGCCAAGUACCACAGGAAAGACUCGAUCUCGUCGCUCGGAGGCGGACGUAUCGAUCCGGGAUACGCUUCCGGCGCCCCAUCACCACAGCCGAUGCAAGAUGAGGAAGGCUGGGUCCCGCCCCACCGUACACAGGCCCUCUCACCGAGACCUGGACAGCACGCCCGCAAGCUGUACGAUAAUGAGUACGAUCCCGGAUAUCUGCAGCGAGCAAACCAACAGAAGGACGGGCUACAGGUAAAUACUAAAUACGGGCAGGUCGGCCGGAAAUAUCAUCACUCAUCGGGAAGCAUUGGAAGUGCCGGAAGCAGUGGAGGCUCUGAGCAAAACUCCCCGGUGACGCAGCGAAGCCGCGACGAGGUUGUGAUGAUCCAAUAUGCAAUGAGAGCCGGCGGCCAGCGCACCAAUCGCCAU